AUGGGCCGUGAAGAGCAGGCGGAAGAGAAGGAGACGCUGCAGUCUAUCUUUCCCGAUGAGCUGACGGAAAUCUCCGAUAACUCAUAUCGCAUCUCUAUACGCCUUGAUGUCACGUCCCAAGAUGGCGAGGAGGCUGAGCCUCCGACACUUAUCCUACAAGUCACAUAUCCAGAGGACUAUCCCGACGUAGCCCCUCGACUGGAGCUAUCCACCCCUCCCAAUGCGCCCAAAUACCCCCAUCUCGACAUCCAGGAAGACCGAGACAGGCUGCUGGAGUCACUUCAGUCGACAAUAGAAGAGAACCUGGGGAUUGCCAUGGUAUUCUCGCUAGUCGACUCUCUGAAAGAGGGAGCCGAGCUUCUCAUCUCAGAGCGCCAGACCGCCAUACAGGCCCUGAAGGACAUGGAAGCCGCCAAGGCAGAAGAGGAAGAGAACCGGAAGUUCCAGGGCACUCGGGUGACUCGUGAGACCUUCCUUGAGUGGCGGGAGAAAUUCAUGGCCGAGAUGAAGGAGGCUGAGGAGAGGAGACAGGAGGAAAAAGAGGCGGAAGAGAAAAAGAAAAAGGGCGCUAACAAAGAGCCAAAGAAGUUGACCGGCAGGCAGCUUUGGGAGAGAGGAAUGGCUGGAAAGGGAGACUACGAAGACGACAUGGAUGACUCGAUACCUGAGAAGCUCGGGAAGGUUGAAUUAACCGCUUAA